AUGCAGGCAGAUCCUCCUUCAUCGAAGCCGCCGGAGCUAUCCGUCAAGGUGAGUGAGGAUUUGGGCUCAAAAUCGAAGAUGGGUGGUUCUGACGAGGAAGAAGAGAGACAAGAACUGGGUAAAUCGGUCGAAACCGAUGGUAAGUCCGACAAGGAAGAGGAGGAAGAAGAAUUCUCGUUCGCCUUUGUAAACACCGAGGAAUCUCCCGUAACCGCCGAGGAAGCUUUUCAGGACGGCCUGAUCCGCCCGGUUUACCCUCUCUUCGACCGCAAUCUCCUCUUCCGCCACGAAACCGAGUGUCACCAGGAUGACUAUGUCCUGCUGUCCGAUUCCGGCCGUGUGGAUCUUCCUCCGCCGGCGAGGAAGGUAUUCGUGGAGGAUCAGGUUGUCAGAUACGGAGACAACGAUGAUUCGACAGCGGAUUCUUCGGAGCCCCAAGGCCCGUUCUGCGCGUGGUCGGGAAAAACGGUGGCGGAGGCGUCGCCGGAAUCUUGUCGGAGGCUCUGGAGAUUCAGGGAUAUCCUCCUGAGGAGCAACAGCCAUGGCAAACACGCCUUUGUUUUCAUCAAUAACGACACGGCGGCGGCGACGGAGAAACAAAGCCGGGGGAAGGAGAAGGAGAAGGAGAAGAAGAAGAAGACAAAGGAGGAAACCGCGGCGGCGCUCGAGAAGCUGUACGUGAGGAACAGGGCGAGUAGGGAAGAAGCCAAGAGGAGGUCGUACCUUCCGUACAAGAAGGUCGGGUUUUUCGCCGAUGUGCAUGGUCUCACCAGAAACAUCCACCCCUUCUGA